AUGGGCCCCUGUACUGCCUCCUCAUGCUGCUGCCAGGCCCGUAAUCUGCCAUGGGCCCCCGUACCGACUCCUCAUGCUGCUGCCAGGCCCGUAAUCUGUCAUGGGCCCCUGUACCGCCUCCUCAUGCUGCUGCCAGGUCCAGAGUGUGUCAUGGGUCCCUGUACGGCCUCCCAUUGCUGCUGUCUCCAUCGCCACACUCUGCCAUGUGCCACUUUCAGGUCUCCUCACACUGCUGGUGGGUUCCAUUUUUUCAUAGGGUGCUGUAUGGCCUCCCAUUGCUGCUGCCUCCACCGCCACACUGUGGCUCCACACUCUGGUUUUGGCCCCGUGACUGCCCAAAUGAGUGAAGUGUGCGGUGAUUCUAAGAUCGACGGCACUCAUAUGCAUGUCAUACUGACUGACAGUAUUAUUUCUCUUCCCCAGCAGACUCCAAGGGCAUUUAAAUUAAAGGUACAGUGUUCUGCACUAAUAUAA